AUGAAUCGCAAAGUUCUGGCAUACGUGCUGAUUCUGCUGGGUCUGACCCUAGACAAUCUGAGUGUGAGCGCCGGUAUCACGAUGACCGCGAGCUUGCAGGAGCACCUGCACACCGACUACGCGACGGCGACGUGGGUAAUCUCUGCGUAUGCCCUUACUUUGGGCUCGUUUAUCAUUUUGAUAGGUAAUAUCGCCGACGUUGUGGGCUUGCACGUGGUGUACCUCGCUGGCCUGACCGUGAUGAGCGUGUGCUCGCUCAUUAAUGCCCUAGUACCCAACGCGGUUGCCCUGAUUGUCGUCCGUGCAGUGCAGGGUAUUGGCGCGGCAACUUUGGUGCCAACGUCCAUGGGCCUGACGGCCUCGUACUUUGAAGGUGCCGCGCUGCAGCGCGCAGUGCGCAUGCUCAUGCUUGUGCUGACCACGUCGCUCGGGCUGGGGUCUGUACUCGGAGGCGCAUUCUCGAUGACCCCGAUCGGAUACAAGGCCUUCUUCUGGUUUACAUUUGGAAUUGGUACUGCGUGCCUCGCGGGUCUCUGUUUCGUUAUUGUGCCCGUGCCUCCGCACAGAACAGUCAGCCUCAAACGGCUGGACUACCCAGGCGCAAUCCUGCUUGUUGCAGGCUUGCUGCUGGUGAUUCUCGGGUUCACAGAGGCCGGCACCAAGUGGCAUUCUCCCAAAGUGUACAUCCCGAUCCCCGUGGGUGGUCUUAUUGUCAUUGGCGUUGCACUGUACGAGCUGGUGUACCUGCCCCGGUCUGGCUCGAAGCUCGAGGUGAUGUUUCCGCUCGAGCUGGGAAGCGUGCAGCUAUACGUUGCAUCGGUGUGCAGCGUUCUGUUCCACUACUGUGGGUAUACAAUAAUGCAGCUGGCAUUAAUUCAGUUCCAUGAGCACUACGACAACGACUCGCCGCUUAUUGCAGCCGUGCGCCUGGUGCCAGGAUCGGCCGGCAUCGUGUGGGGCAGCUUUGUGUGGCGGCCGUGGUUCACGGCACGCACUGGCGAGCGCUGGUUUGUGGUCAUUGCUGUUGUCUGUACACUAGCUAUGACUGUGUGGGCGUCGCGGUUCCAGCCGGGCCAGUACUGGCGGUAUGAGCUGGUGAGCUUGUUCUUGAUUGGAUGGAGCCUGAAUCCGUUCUAUCAGAUCACGUACUCCUUGAUGAUCACACGAGUGCCGAUGCACUUGCAGGCGACCGCCAGUGGGAUCUUCCAGACGUUUGGCCAGGUGGGGAUUGCGCUGGCUAGCGCGGUGUCUGCGUCUCUCAUGGGGGAAAGAGGGACCAUCGCCGCGUCGAGGAACUGCUUGUACGUGGCAAUUGGGUGUUACGCUGUUGUUGUCCUGCUUUUCUGCCUAGGAGGCCGGGGCCAGCAGGAGGAGGCGGACAGCAAGGAAGCUGACGUUGAGCGUCAGGAGCAGGAGGAGACAGCCAGCAAGGAACCCGAGUGUACUGAGCGAACUGAGCGAGCUGAAAGCGUUGCUACGGGAGACAGAUAG